CGUUGCGGCUGCUGGCAGUGCGAGUGUAUGUGGAUAUCAGGGAACAGUGGCACUUCACUCAGGAAUGGUUCUAGCGAAGUGAAACAUGUAUCUAAAUUCAGAACAAGUAACACUGGUGGGUCAGGUGUUUGAGUCGUACGUCUUGGAGCACCACAAGAAAGAGAUUGAGCAGAUCCUCGCAGAACAUGACGAGGACGCACACUUUUCUGUGGUUGUGAAUGCAAUGACUCUUUUUGAAGCCAACAUGGAGAUUGGAGACUAUUUCAAUGCUUUUCCCAAUGAGGUUCUCCCAGUGUUUGACAGUGCGCUGCGGCGAGCAGCCAUGAGCUUCCUACAGUCAUCGUCACAACAAGGAAAUCUCACCAUGAAGCAGAAUCUGCAUGCUAGGAUAACAGGUCUGCCAGUUUGCCCUGAACUUACAAGGGAGCACAUCCCUAGGACCAGAGAUGUCGGGCACUUCCUCUCAGUCACGGGCACCGUGAUUCGUACCAGUUUGGCAAAGGUGCUCGAGUAUGAGCAGGACUUCAUGUGCAACAAAUGUAAAAAUGUGAUGACCGUCAAAGCUGACUUUGAGCAGAAUUACCUGUUUUCUCCUCCCACUGUCUGCACCAAUGAAGACGGGUGCAACGCUACAAAAUUCACGUGUCUGUCUGAUAUAUCCUCUCCGGCCAGCUGCAGGGACUAUCAGGAGAUUAAGAUCCAAGAACAGGUCCAGAGACUGUCAGUUGGAAGUAUUCCCCGAUCUAUGAUUGUGGUUUUAGAAGAUGACCUGGUCGACAGCUGUAAGUCUGGAGAUGAUGUCACAGUGUAUGGUGUGGUGAUGCAGAGAUGGAAACCCCUUUACUUGGAUACUCGCUGUGACCUGGAGAUUGUGCUGAAGGCCAAUUAUAUCACAGUUAAUAAUGAGCAACCUUGUGGUGUAGUCAUAAACGAAGAUGUGCGCAAAGAAUUUGAUGAGUUUUGGGAGAAAUUUAAGCACAACCCUUUAGCAGGAAGAAAUGAGAUCCUGGCCAGCCUGUGUCCACAGGUGUUUGGCAUGUUUGUGGUGAAACUGGCAGUGGGAAUGGUACUAGCAGGGGGAGUGCAGAGGAUUGACCCAGCUGGAACCAGAGUAAGAGGAGAAUCUCACCUUCUUCUGGUUGGAGACCCAGGUACAGGAAAAUCACAAUUUCUGAAGUACGCUGUAAAAAUUACGCCAAGAUCUGUGUUGACUGCAGGCAUUGGAUCCACUAGUGCAGGCCUGACUGUGACAGCAGUGAAAGACUCAGGAGAGUGGAAUUUAGAAGCCGGUGCCCUGGUGCUGGCAGAUGGAGGCCUGUGCUGCAUUGAUGAGUUUAACAGCAUCAAGGAGCAUGACAGGACCAGUAUCCAUGAGGCGAUGGAGCAGCAAACAAUCAGCGUGGCAAAGGCUGGGUUGGUGUGUAAACUGAACACCAGAACAACAAUCCUGGCUGCAACCAAUCCCAAAGGACAGUAUGACCCUGAAGAAUCCAUCUCUGUUAAUGUGGCUCUUGCCAGUCCUCUCCUAAGUCGGUUUGACCUAGUUCUGGUAUUAUUAGACACAAAAAAUGAAGACUGGGACCGCAUUAUUUCUUCUUUCAUAUUGGAAAAUAAAGGCUGCCCACGCAAAUCUGAUAAGCUCUGGAGCAUGGAAAAAAUGAAAACCUAUUUUUGUGUUGUGAAGAACCUUCAACCCAAAAUGUCGCAUGGAGCCAACAUGAUCCUGAUGCGCUACUAUCAGCUUCAAAGACAGAGUGACUGCCGGAAUGCAGCACGAACUACCAUCCGCCUCCUAGAGAGUUUGAUACGCCUUGCAGAAGCUCACGCACGAUUGAUGUACAGAGAUACUGUGACCGUGGAAGAUGCAAUAACAGUUGUAUCGGUGAUGGAGUCCUCCAUGCAGGGUGGAGCUUUACUUGGUGGGGUGAAUGCGCUGCAUACAUCAUUUCCAGACAACCCCCAGGAGCAGUAUCAGAUGCAGUGUGAACUUCUCCUGGACAAGCUUGGUCUCCACAACUUGUUGAGACAGGAGCUACAGAGACUGGAAUGGCAGCAAAACCAAGACUCCUGUCAGGCUCAGCUUCUGGAAAACUCCUCUAGCAACUCCUUUGAGGAUAAGAGAUCAAAUGAUGAAAAUGCACAGCCAGAAACUUCAAGCAACAACAUAAACUUAAGGGGGAAUGUUUUUCCUGCCUCAGACAAAACCAGUGUAGAAGUCCCAACGUUGUGCCAGAUGCCCAGGAGCACUGAAAGUAUUGAGCAGACACCUAGAAAAAAUGUAAAACCUUUGAUUGAAGAAGACUUCCAAAAGAGUCCAUGCUCUGCUGACAUUGAAAAGACAAUUGGUAGAAGCCCAUCAGAUAACUGUUCAAAAUAUUCCAAUGAUGGUAACAGUUUGGGGUGGUUUGAUUCCCUUCAGUCUGCCCAGCAAACCAUUCAACUGUCUCCCAUUAGUAAAGCUGCCGAAGACCUUUCAGUUCCAAAACCUCAACCACCUCCCCAGCUAGAAGGUGUAACAACACUGGGAAAGGUGAAUAACAGAGGGGUUAUAGACGGUACAGAAAAUGUGAAAAGUUACGUUUCAAGGAAAGGGUCCAGUAAAGCAAGUGCAAACGAUUUGCCAGAUGUGGUAGUGACAGAGCAUGUUUCUAAAAAGUGGCAAAAACUCAAUAAAUAUUCAUUGACUGUGGAAAAUGCUAAAUUGACAGCUUUGAAAAGUAAUAAUCUAAACCAGUAUGAUUCUGGAGGUAUUUCAGAGGAGGCCUGUUCUUCAGCUAUUGGCCCUAUGCAUAGUACUCCAGCUGCUUCCCGGGGAAGAAAAAGACAUUUGGUGCAAUCAGAGCAAAACAAAGACAGUGAGGGUUUGCUGGACCCAGAGACAAGUGCUCGACUUGCUCAGCUAUCCAAGUUUUCAUUCAAACACAGGUCAAAGCUUGUGCUUUCUCCUGAAGAGGAAUCUGAACAUAUAUCUGCUGUUGCACACGAUAAUAUUGAUGGAAGCAGAUUAUGUGAGGCAAGUAGUAAUCUAAAACAAAAUGAAGCUCCAGCAACAAAUCUUAGUAAGUUAGUUAAUGGGCCAAGCAGUGAGGGCAAAACAAGUGCUGGUCUUAACUGCGCAAGACAUAGUGAGUGUCCAGAGACUGUGCUUAAGCUGGAAUCACACCAGCAUAGAAAUAUUUCCCCAAGUACUGUAAAGUCGCCUCAAGUGAAUAAAUGUGAGGAAAAGAAAGUGACUGAACAUCCCGACCAAAGGAAAAUCUCUUCUAGUACACUUGCCAAUUUGGCAAAAUUUUCUUUCUCCGCACUAGCGGAAAAUGAAACCCGAGAACCACCUUCUGUUGUCUGCAAUAAGGAAACUCAGUUGCCAUCGUCAUCCAGUGGUCCGGUUCACAAAAGGAAGUGUUUUGAACUGGACCCUGUCCCUUCCAAACCUCCAAUAACAAGUAAAUCCCUGUUUUCAACCUCAGAGCUGGAUGAUGAAACCUUAGACUUUGAUUGGGAGGCUGAAAUAAAAGGAAACAAGCGCUUACCCCCAUGACUGCUACAUUCCAGUAAAGUAUUUGUGAUUCAUUCCAAACCAGAAAUUUCCAGCAUCAGCAGCUAGCUGGCAAAUUAGAUGUAUUACUGUCUCAAGAACAUUAGGUGGCAGUACUGGUCUACAUUGCUCAUUUACAUUUUAUAUUACUUCUUUCUGAGAGCACUUGACCAAAAAUGUGUGAUUUUUCAUAUAUAUAUCAUGUAUUGAGCUCUGUUGUUGCAUAUUAUUUUGGAAUUGUCUUCUAUUUUUAAUGUUUUAAUAUAACUCCUCGUAGCAAAAUAUAUGUGAAAAAAAAAAUGGGUUGCGUGUAUGCGAUCAGUAAUUGUGUAUAAUGUUAACAGUCAGUUAAAUGUGGAGAGGGAACUAGUUACACUGUAUAUGUCACAAUGGGAUACCAGCAGGGAGCUCUCCUAACCUUUUUAUGCAUUUUGGGACUGUGUUAAAGAAGUUACUGCCAUGAAUCUGAUCAAAUGCUGUGUCUUAAGGUUUGAAGAGCAACCUCAGCAGUAAAAUCUAAUCUCCAUCUGACUGAUUGUAAUUUCUAGAAGGUUAUUUUGUCAAUGACAUUUGCG